GGAGAGAAUCGGAAGCUGCACCAGUCAAACGUGGAGGAAAUGGAAGACAAAGGAAAACACGAUCAUGGAGGGUCUUUGAAUAAUUCCGAAAACCCUAUUUCAGAAUCACCCAUCGAUCGACCGCCAACUGGUGGCGAACUCACAUCCAAUCCUUCAGCUGAAGGUCAUGGUGAAUCAACAGUUUCUUUCAACCAGAGUGAAAUUUUCAGAGCUAUUCAAGUUGUCGAGAGAGAUUCCUUAGCUAUUGCCGAGAGUUUUGUUUCCCUCUUCGAUUCUCUUCGCUUGGCUCUCUCUGAGGUUACUGGCAGCUCAGUUGAUCAUAUGCAAUGCUUUUGUGAUGCUACAGGUCGUCUUCAGGAAUCUGGUAGAGAUCCAUGUGAAGUAGGUCUUUCUGAAAUAUCAUUGCUUGAAGCAACAACCAAGGGGAACCGGUAUAUUAAUUCAUGUCUCAGUGGUGGAAUUGACGAUUGGGGCGCACCGUUAGAGAGGAACAAGAAGAGAGAGAAAGAUGAGCAAAGGAGCAAAGGAAGAGGUGCACAAUCAUGGCUUCUCACCUUUGUUUGCAGUGUUCUUGCUUUUCUUCUAUUUUGUUGUCCGUUGGGUUCUUUGGUGGCCAUCAAUGGUUGGCAAGGAGGCAAAGGAGUACGGGCAUUCUGUACUAAAGGUUGAGGUAAUAUCCCUCCUAAACAAUUUUUUCAGGAGCAAAGUUGCCCUUCCAUCAAAGCCCCCUCAUCUUUGUUAUUUGUUGACAUGUUUGAUUAGUCGUAGGGCUCAUGCACAGUGGCAACAAGACAUUUUGAUCCAUUUUAACCAUUUGAUGUAACUUAAAGGGGUUGGAAGUAGCAGUGGUAGGAACCGUGCUUUAUUUUAGGGGCGAAAUGAUGGAAAAAUGGGUUAGAAUGCCUUGCCAUCAUUGUGUGUGUGUCUCACAACUGUUCCACAUUAGCAGAUAAUAGAGAAGAUGGAUCUUUGAUGGAAGGGUGAUUUUGCUCUUGGAAAAAAAUUGUUUAGACAGGAUAUUAUUUCACCUUUCAAUUUAGGGUGUCCAACGCUUCUUUUAAAAAAAUGUUUAGGGGGAGAAAUGAUCUUUAACCCUAUAUUGUUUGACUAGAAACAAAUAAGCUUAUUUUUGUGUAUUUUUUUUUAGAUAGAUGAAAAAUGUAUCAGCAAAAACCCAAAAUAAUUGAAGCCCCCUAUUGAAUGAGGAGGCUGGCUACUGACCUAAAUUUCUUGGUUGCAGAUUGAACGAGGAGAUGAAGAGCAUUAAUGGUCUGGCUUCUCAACUGUAUCCAAUAAUUUUAAUUAAUUUCAUUAACUUAUUUCUUCCUUCUCAUUGCACUUCUUGGUAAAUAGAUUUUACUGAUAUAGUCAAUUUUAUUAUUCUUUGUAGAAUACAAACUGCCAUAGACAUGGUAGGAAUUCCCCUGAAGUGUUAGAUAUUUCUUUCAAUGCCUUCUUUUAUUAAGAUCCCCCCCAUUUUGAAUACUUAAUGCUUUGAUAGAAAAGUUCUACGAAGGAAUGUGGAUUCUCUGGACUCAGCUGUUAACAAGCUUCUUCAUUCUCCAUAAAUAUGGAAUUCAAUCCACUGCAGAUUUACUAGCCUUUUUUGGUUUUUUUUUUUUUUUUAAUUUUGUGGUGGGGGGUGAUGGGGAGGGGAGGGGAAACUUGUAGGUGCUUUGUGCAAUCUGUCAAUCUGUGUUGCCCCCAAUGACGUGCUUCAUUGUUUCAAACUUGCAAAAUAACCUUGGCUUGUUUUGGUAACCUCAAAUGUAAAAUUUAACCUGACCCCGAAAAAAUGUAAUAUUUCAGUCUUCGGUA